AUGCAGACUGCUUCUACAAACAUUUGUGAAAGACUGUGCAAUAAGUCUAUCUGUGAAAUUUCCUUGCUACUAAAUAUUCCACGGUCCACUGUUGGUGGUAUUAUAACAAAGUGGAAGCAACUGGGAACAACAGCAAUUCCGCUUCGAAGUGGCAGGCAACAUAAAAUGACAGAGCGGGGUCAGCGCAUGCUGAAGCACACAGUGCACAGAAGUCGCCAACUGUCAAUAGCUGAAGACCUCCAAACUUCAUGUGGCCUUCAUAUUAGCACAGCAGUGUGUAGAGAGCUUCAAGGAAUGGGUUUCCAUGGCCGAACAGCUGCAUCCAAGUCUUACAUCACCAAGUGCAAUGCAGAGCGUCAGAUGCAGUGGUGAAAAGCACGCCGCCAGUGGACUCUAG